AGUGGACGCUGUUACGAUUUCUCCUCUCUUCAUUGUCUCUCUCUCUCUCUCUCUCAUUAGACAUAAACGGUGGUCGGUCAGAUAAUCAAUCAGUCGGUUUAGAGAGAGAAAUAAGAGGGAGAGGAGAGAGAAAGACCAACGUCCCUUCUUCGCCUUCCCCUCUCUCUUUCUGUGACUAUAUUGUUAAUUCGUAAUUUUUCAUCUUGGGCGCAUCAGUCACCCACCAUGAACGAAAAGGCCAACGUCUCCAAAGAGCUCAAUGCCAGACACAGAAAGAUACUGGAAGGGCUUCUUAAAUUGCCUGAGAAUAGGGAAUGUGCUGACUGCAAAAGCAAAGGUCCUCGAUGGGCUAGUGUGAAUCUAGGCAUCUUUAUAUGCAUGCAAUGUUCUGGAAUCCACAGAAGUCUUGGAGUGCACAUAUCUAAGGUGAGGUCUGCUACGCUGGAUACAUGGCUUCCUGAACAGGUUGCAUUCAUUCAAUCAAUGGGAAAUGAGAAGUCAAAUAGUUACUGGGAAGCAGAGCUACCCCCAAAUUACGACAGAGUUGGGAUUGAGAAUUUCAUUCGUGCAAAAUAUGAAGAGAAGAGAUGGGUUUCUAAGGAUGGCAAAACAAAGUCACCUUCUUGGGGACAAGAAGAAAACUUUGCUGUGCAGUGGCAGAGACCUGCUGAAAAAAAUGGGCAUGGAUAUGCCGGCAGUUCAGAAAUUUCAUUUGAGGAAAGGAAAAAUUUUGAGGCACCUAGUACAAAGGACAGCAUUCCUGCUACAAGAAUUAGUAUACCUGUGCCUCCUAGAGGACCGGAACCGAUCACACAUGCAUCAAAGCCUAAACAGGUUACUCAGCCAUCAGAACCAGCUGCUCAGCUGGAUGAAUCAGCAAAGCAGGGUCCAGUGUCUACUCCAGUUGCCUCCCCCCCUAAAGUUGAUUUUGCUACUGAUCUUUUCAACAUUCUUUCCAUGGAUGGUCCUAGUGAGAAUGGCUCAGAGGCAGUUUCUGCUGAUGAUAAUGCAUGGGCAGGUUUCCAAUCUGCUGAAGAAGCAUCAACAGCUGAGAAAACUGAAGUUACGAACCCAAAUGAUAAUACUACCCCUGCAUCAGGAAUUGAAGAUUUAUUUAAAGACACACCUUUGCUAGCGCCUUCUACAGUAUCAGAAAACCCUCAAAAAGAUGUUAAAAAUGAUAUUAUGAGCCUUUUUGACAAGUCCAAUAUGGUGUCACCAUUUUCUGUUCAUCAACAACAGCUCGCUGUGCUGGCACAGCAGCAGUCACUUCUUAUGGCUGCUGCAGCGAAAUCUGCUGGUGGGUUGCCAAAAUUGCCAGUCAAUGCACAACAACCAGGGUCCAAAGGUACCAACUCACCGACUCAAAACUGGCCAAAUGUUGGCUACCAGUUUCCUGGAAUGAUGGUGCCAGCAUCUGGAAAGAUGGACCUGCAGACAUAUAUGCAGCAGAUGGGGAACAUGGGGCCAGCACAUCCAGUUGGGAACUCUGUUCCAUUUCCAGCACCCAGCGUUUUUGCUACGGGACAAAAUGCUUCCCCAGUUACCGGUGCAGUUACGAGUGCAGCUCCUACACAGACGGGGAAAGAUUAUGAUUUCUCCUCACUGACACAAGGGAUGUUCUCGAAACCCUGAGCAAUCUUGAGGAAAACGAUGCUGGGGUUACUCCAUAGUACACCAAAAGAGUAUAUUUACAGGAAAAGUAGCUUUUGGAGGUUUUUCUUCUGUGGUGGGUUUGUAAACUAUCUGUAGAGGAGGAGGCAUGUUCAGUUUUUUUUUUCUGUUUGGGUGGUGGUGGCUUCAUUUAUACCUGUUCCAUGUAUGUUGAGUAAUAAGUCAGUUUUAGAUUGAUUGGAAUAGAUUUAUUUUUUUCCCAGUUGAUGUGGAUGAUUUGAUUACUUUCAUGUAUGGCAAUUUGAUAUACCUCGAAAUAAAAUGGACUGUACAAUCCCCGGCCGGAGAAAAAUUGUGCCAAUUGAGAAA